UGUUCUUAGUUUCGAUUCAGCGCGUCCUCCACACACCGUUCGUUGAAUUGAUUAUCCAACAUCAACAACAACAACAACGACGACAAAAACACUCAUAGACCAGAUCAACGAGUUUUUUAUUUUUUUUUUUCAUCUCCUAUAAAGCGUCGUUCUUGUCUUGAUCCUCCGCAUCAAGUAAAAGAGUUUUUCAAAAUCAAAGUUGUUUUGUUUUGUUGUUGGUUGUUUGAUUUUGUUGGGCGCAAGAUGCUGGUGGGUGGUAGAUCCGCGAGUUGCGCCCUCGGCAGGCAACUGUCCAGAAGGCACAUAAGCAAAACGGCGAGCACCCCGAACAGCGACGCCAUCUCCAGAGCGCAGAAGAUACAGACGCCCGAGGUUCAGGUGCCCCAGAGCAAAUGGGCACGGCUCAACAAGCACAACAACAAUAGGGCUUUGUCAACUUUGCAAACGAAGAUCGCGCCGGCCGAGAAGGGUGUCUCCCUCGUAUCGAAGGACGAGAGUCGCGAGUUCAUGGCGAUCUUCCCCGACAUCGUGCGGGAUCUGACCGACGCGGGACGUCACACCGACAUCCCGGAGGUGAACAAAUGGUACACGAAGGUGCUCCAAUACAACGUGCCCAACGGCAAGAAGAACCGCGGUCUGGCCGUCGUCGCCGCCUACAAGAUGCUCGAGGAGCCCGAGAACCUCACCCCGGAGAACGUCAGACUCGCGAACAUCCUGGGAUGGUGCGUCGAAAUACUGCAAGCCUAUCUGCUGAUGAUCGAUGACGUGAUGGACGGAUCGAAGAUGCGUCGCGGCGCUCCCUGCUGGUACCGCAACGCCGGCGUCGGCCUGAACGGCAUCAACGACGCCCUCAUGCUGAACGAGGGCAUCUACGUGAUCCUUCGAAAGCACUUUGCCCAUCUGCCCUACUACAGAGACUGCGUCGAGCUGUUCCACGAGGUCUCGAUGAAAACGAUGAUGGGUCAAUCUCUCGACAUGAUGACGUCCAAUACGAGCAGCCCAUUGAACCUGGACUCCUUCACGAUGAAGCGAUACAAUUCGAUCGUCAAGUACAAGACUGCCUACUACUCCUUCCAGCUGCCUGUCACCCUAGCCAUGCAUAUGGCCGGAAAGAACGACCCCGAGAUCCAUCGACAGGCCAAGACGAUCCUCCUCGAGAUGGGCCACUUCUUCCAAGUGCAAGACGACUUCCUCGACUGCUACGGCGACCAAAACGUGAUUGGAAAGACGAACGCGAACGACAUCUACGAGGGAAAAUGCUCGUGGCUGGUGGUCGUCGCGCUGCAGAGGGCGACGCCCGAGCAGAGGAAGAUCCUCGACGAGAAUUACGGUCGUCCAGAGCCGGAGGCCGCACAGGCCGUCCUCAAGUUGUUCGAUCAACUAGGUCUGCCGACGACGUACGCCAUCUACGAAGAGGAGACCAACAAUCUGAUUCGCACCCACAUCCAGCAGAUAUCCAAGGGAUUGCCCCACAACCUCUUCUUCAAGUUCAUGGACAAGAUCUACAAGAGGGAGAGUUAAACAUCCAAGUAUUAACCCGAACUUACUCUUCCUCAACAACAACAACAACAAAAAAACACCCACCUCCCUAACCCUCCUUCAAAAAAGAAACCACUUGUUUUAAAACAU